AGUUUCUGAUCAAUCUAUAUAUAUACCGCCGAAAAAGGAAGCCCUGAGACCCUGCAGAUUCGGAAGCAUUCUCCCGCCGAUUAGUUCUGCUUUCAUAUCUCGGAGAGCUGAAAACCUAAACCAUGGCGGAUGUAGAAGCCGAUGUUGCAGUGGCGGGACAGCCAAAGAAGAGAACGUUCAAGAAGUUCAGCUUCCGCGGCGUCGAUUUGGAUGCUUUGCUCGACAUGUCUACCGAUGAGCUCGUCAAGCUCUUCACUGCUCGUGCUCGCAGAAGGUUUCGAAGGGGUUUGACUAGGAAGCCAAUGGCCCUUAUCAAGAAGCUCCGCAAAGCGAAAAGGGAAGCACCUCCCGGUGAGAAGCCAGAGCCUGUACGAACUCACCUCCGUAAUAUGAUCAUCGUCCCAGAGAUGAUUGGAAGCAUCAUUGGUGUUUACAAUGGAAAAACCUUCAACCAAGUUGAAAUCAAGCCAGAGAUGAUCGGGCAUUACCUAGCAGAGUUUUCGAUUUCAUACAAGCCUGUUAAGCACGGUAGACCCGGUAUUGGUGCCACCCACUCUUCAAGGUUCAUUCCUCUAAAGUGAAAUCUGAGUUCAUUUCUUGCUUCCUUAGUUUUGUUAUAUUUCUACAAGGUUGUUGAUCAGAUUUUGUUCUUAGUUUUUGCCCAUUUUUCUAUGCUUCAUAUCUGAUUAGAACCACCAUGGAAGCUGGUUUUAUUCUUACUUGUUUCAACUAAAUGCAGACUUGUAGACUUGGUUGCUUUAUUUUACUUCUCUUGUUAUGAUGUCA